AUGAACAGGCAUUUGCAUGUACAUAGAAGGUCCUCUCAAAAAGAAAAACUAUGGCUCAACAUGCAGUAUCAUCCGAACGGAUUUAUCAAGAGGCCCGGUGAACUCGAAGACGAGCUGAGUGAUCCACCAGUGUCUGUCGAUGAAAACAUAUUGGAUCGUGUACAGGGUUCAAUGACAGGCAUCGCUUUGGGCGACGCUCUUGGCGCUCAUGUUGAGUUUAAGCCUCACUCUUUUUUAGCUGCACAUCCGGUGAAAGAUCUCGUGGGUGGUGGCACUUGGGGACUCAACAAAGGAGAGUUCACUGAUGACACGUCGAUGACUCUAUGUCUAGGAAAUUCAUUGGUGGCACAUCAAGGAUUUUUUCCUUAUGAUCAACUCGUUCGAUACAAAUGGUGGUUUCGAAACGGUUAUAUGUCCGCUAUAGGCAGUUGUUUCGAUAUUGGUGCAUCCACCCAGCAAUCGUUGAUGGAAUUCGAACGUCGUCAAAUCGAAUUCUCUAGAAAAUACAAUAUUUCAUAUGAACGAAUGGACUAUCUAACACCUUCUGAAGUUUCGAAUAAGUUCAAUGUAAUUUGUGGUGGAAAGAAUGUAGCUGGUAACGGAUCUUUAAUGCGACUUGCUCCUGUUCCGUUGUUCUUCUACCGUCAUCCAAAGAAAGCCGUUGAGUAUUGUGGACUCAGUGCAAUAAUUACUCAUGAUGAUCAGCGUGCUUAUGAUGCCUGUCGUUACUACGGCGCUCUAAUUGUGGCUGCUCUCCAAGGUGUGGACAAAAAUGAGCUACUCGACAAGAAUUUUUAUUUCAAGCAUAAAGAUUGGUUCAAUAAUAAGCCACUCCAUUCAGACAUUAUGAAUAUUGCACAAGGAUCUUAUCAAAAGGAGGGUGGAUAUAGUGAUGGCAUUCGAGGCACAGGAUAUGUUGUCAAUGCUCUGGAAGCCGCUUUAUGGGCCUUUUUCUAUGAUAGAAAUUCGUUUGAAUAUGGAGCUCUUGCUGCAGUCAAUCUCGGCGAUGAUACCGACACAACAGCGGCGAUUUAUGGCCAAUUAGCUGGCGCAUACUAUGGUUAUGAUAAACUACCUAAGAAAUGGUUGGAUUUUCUAUAUGGUAAAACUUUUAUACAGUGUCUGAGCAAAUGGAUUGUGUACGAAGGGGAAAGAUGGCAGCCGAAUAGAUUGCCCGAUUUGGUUUCGACUAUUUCUGUCCGUCAACAACGAUUUAAUAGUGCCACCAACUUGUUUAAUAAUCAAAAUACAAAUUCCAACAUGUAUACAACCGCUUCUCAAUUUAAUUCACAGCGAAUUCCUGAAAAAUUUCCUGAAACAAGUCAGGAAUCCGUAUUACAACUCGGUCAUCAAGUAAUGGUUGAAACAGAACCAAAUAAGUACAGAAAACCGAGUCUGAAACCAAUGGCAUCUAGUAAUUUUACUGCAGCUCUUACACCACAGUAUGUUUCUAAUAGCAACAAUUAUUCUCAUUUGCAACCUACUUCAAAUAACUCUAUGUAUUCCAUGCAUCCAAAACCACUUCAAGCUAUGGCUUCUAUGCCUAUGUUUAAAACCACGCACUUUUACAACAAUGUGGAAACAUGUGAAGAUGUUUGUUUUUGGAUUGCAUCUCUUGGUGAGGAAUAUGUGCGUUAUGCGCCUAACUUCAAAAAAAAUAACGUUGAUGGAUUUCAACUUCUCCAUGUUGUUGAUCAGAACAAGCUCAUUCAAUAUGGUGUUCACAAUACAAUGCAUCAACGACGAAUCCUUGAUGUUAGUAAAUAUAUAAGAUGUGAAAAUUUAGCAACAGAUAAAGAUCCAAGUUAUUUACCAAUCGAUGAUCAAAUUUUAAUUUGUCAAUCACAAUCAAUAUCUUCUUAUGAAGCUGAUCAAUUUAAAAUCACAUUAAUUAAUGCCAUAUUAUUUAUAAAUUAUCUAAUACCUAAUCCAACAAUUAUUUGUCUUUUAAAUGAUGGUGCAUCAAGUAAUAUUAAUAUUCAUUCAAUAAAUAAUAAUAUAUUUUUAUUUAUUCAUGAAAAUAUUCUUCAACCAUCUAAUAUUUAUUUAUAUUUAUCAUCAAUAUCAAUUCAAUCAAUAACAAAUCAUAAUAAAAAUUUAUUAUCUAAAAUUCGAAUGAGUUCUUCAUUUGAAAAAUUUUUAUUUAUUGAUGCAGAUAAUGAAAUAGUAUGGGAAUGGCAUAUCCCAUCUACAAAUGGAACAAAUAAAAAAGUUCCAUUUGCUUUUUCUCUUUUUACUCAUAAUAGUCCACAAAAUAAUUGGUAUGAUUCAUAG